UGGGUUAUGACUGUGUGCAUGUUACUUUAUAGAGCACAACAUGAAAGUCUAUGUCAGUAGUGCAGGCACAAUUCACUGAGGUCUCCUUUAACCUCCAGGGUGUCUGGAUCAGAUAAGGAUUGGGAGGAGACUGAGAAAGCUGAACUUAUGGAGCCACCGCAAGCAUGCCAGUCGUAUGCUGCCACUGUGGCCAUCCCCACCUCUGGACCCGUCACAGCCACUCUCACAGGCUACUCCGAGGACGGCGGAGCUAAGAAGGGUGAGGUGAUUCCCGAGCACGAGUUUGCAGCAGGGCCUGUGUGUCUGGAUGACGAAACUGAAUUUCCUCCCAUAAAUUGGUGCCGUGACGGAUCUGGGCGAGGCAAGGGGAGACGACCGUGAGAGGGUAGAGAACAGGUGGAGGCAACAACUGUCAGAGGAGGACCUUCAGUGCAUGAGCAAGGACAAACAAAUGAAAAACAUAACUUCAGGGUGCUAAAUUAUUAACGGAAAGGUUGAAAUGCUAAUAUCUUAAGUUGAGUUGAUCAGGGAUUUGGGUCGUUGUCACUCGGACCCCUGAAGGGUGUGUUAUAAAUGAGGUGCAUGACUGAAAUAUAACCACAUAUUGUUCUAGUUACGUAACAUAUUGUAUUAAGUCGUAAUACUGUAGCAUUUUAUUCUUUUAAUUUAUAACACCAUCAUAUUGAAUUAUAAGAGAGGAGGAAUUACUUUUUUAUAUAUGUGUUUUGCUGUAUUGAUAAUUAAUAUGUUUACAUGUUACCAUCCUGAAAACUAAUACACCAGGAUGUUUUGUAUGUAUGUGCCUAUGAUAUUACUUGUAAGAGUGCAAAGUAUUUUGCUGGAUUGCUCAAGACCAAAAGAUAAAAAAAAGAAAAGAAAUGAAUAUAUAGGAAAUCUAUUAGGAUUGGAAUUAUGCAAACCA